GGUUCUGUUGUGCUGGGAAGUGGUUGCUGAGAAGGUGGGCGCUGCUGCUCGAAGCAGUAAGGUGUGGGGCAGGCAGAGUGUGCCCCCGCAGCGCGUGCUGGUCGCUGCCAGUGCGCCCGCAUACAUCCCGACCGGCCCUUGUAAGCAGAGCUGGAGUCAGGACUUGGACCUCUGCAGACUGGGUUUGCAGCUCCAGCACGGCCUUCCCCACAGUCGUAGUAGCCACAUGUAGCUUGCUGUGUGUAGAUCUCCUCCCAAUUCCUUAUGUUCUUGCAGAAAUUUUCUCUUCUGAGCACAAGAUCAGGAUAGAAGUUGAGUGCUUUUGCUUAUAUGCAAUUUGCUCGUUUUUGUUCUGGAAACUCUGACAGCAAUGAAGUUUCUGUUGGUUUUUGAUUUUGACCAUACGAUCAUAGAUGAAAACAGUGAUACCUGGAUUGUGAAAUGUGCUCCAGGGAAAAAGCUGCCCAGUGAAUUAAGGAACUCCUAUCGCCCGGGACACUGGACAGACUAUAUGGGUAGAGUCCUUGCCUACUUGGGAGACAGUGGUGUCCGAGAAGAGGAGAUGAGAAGAACCAUGGUGGCCAUUCCGUUCACUGCAGGCAUGGCCGAUCUCCUGGCCUUCAUUGGCGAGAACAAAGGGCUCUUGGACUGCAUAAUCAUUUCGGAUUCAAAUACGGUGUUUAUUGACUGGAUUUUGGAGGCCGCUGGCUUUCGUAAGGUGUUUGAUAAAGUCUUUACGAACCCUGCAGCAUUUACCAGUACUGGCUACCUUACUGUACAGAAUUGUCAUGCUCACCACUGUGCCAAGUGCCCUAAAAACCUUUGUAAAAGGAAAGUGUUGGAAGAAUUUCUAGAUAAAAAGCUGGAGCAAGGAGCAAGUUAUACACAAAUUGUGUAUAUAGGUGAUGGUGGAAAUGAUCUGUGUCCAGUAACUUUUUUGAAGAAGGGUGAUAUUGCUAUGCCCAGGCAGGGAUAUCCUUUAGAGAAGAAGAUCUCUCAGCUCUCCCAAGACCUCAGCCCUGUAGCGUGUGCUGUCCUGGUAUGGUCAUCUGGUGCAGAAAUAAUGUCUUACUUGAAACUGCUUCUAAAGGAAUAAUUCCAAUGAUGAAACAAAUUUUGUUAUAUUUUAAUCCUCCUAUAACUAUGUGCACAUAAAAACACACAAAAAAAUGUACAGUUGGGAUGUUAUUCUAAGGACUUUUUAUUUAAUACAAUAUAAAAAUGUUUAUCUUCGAUUUUGAAAAUAGAAGAGAAAUAAUAUAAUGGCUUUCUAACCUACUGUACAUUUCUAUGUAAAUGGAGAAGGGUGGCUGUAAAGGAGUUUGACCGUAGCUUGUAAUCUAUUAUUAUUUCAGAGUCUUUAUCAGCUGCAUAACUGUUCACAUGACUGCCAUUCAUAUGCUUACGGAAAGAUGCAGUUUUACAAAAGAAUUAAAUUCUUUACUUGCAAAAUGUUGGGUGCCAGGAACAAGGCUCUGGGACUGUUGGCUUGUAUACCUCUUUAAUCAGGAUAAGUGUUUCCGUGUAAAUUAUUUAGU